AUGCAAACACCUACGGCCGUCACCGCUAUCAAUGGCGCCAAAAGGGGUGGCCGCCUCCCUCUGUUGCGAGCACGGUGUAAAUAUUCUUCCACCGUGGUUGCGAGCCAAGCUCCGUCUUCGUCGGCGCCAUUUGCAGGCCGCCUCUGUUGCGAGUCAAGCUCCGUCGGGGUACGAGGGUGCGCCAGCCGGCGUGAAAAUGGCUUCACGCUGUUCACCAUCCCUCGAAGAAAAAAUGACACCGCGCGUAGAAGGAAGUGGAUUCAUAGCAUCGGCCGUAAGGACUUCGUUCCGACCAAGCAUACUGUGCUCUGUGAGCUGCAUUUCACUUAUGAUCAGUUCGAGCCGCUGAUACUGGAGCAGUACGGGAGGAAGAAAUUGAAACCUAAUGCCGUUCCGACAAUUUUCUCUCACCGAAGUGCACUGCCACUCCCAAACAAAAGUGCACAUCUACCUGCGAGCAAUGUCACAUCUGUAGUGCCUGCCGAGUUGCCCAUGCCAAUCGAAGAAGACACCUCGAUUCAUGAUACCAGUGGUGAGCAGUGCAUCCCUGAAGUGCCAAUCGAAGAAGACACCUCGAUUCAUGAUACCAGUGGUGAGCACUGCAUCCCUGAUAUCCCCACUGUAGAAGAACCCGAGGUUCAUGACUCAAGGGAGCAGCCGUCUUUUCCUGAAGGUCCCCAAACAGCCACGCAACCAUCUGUAAGCAGCAUGGCGACAACAGAGCCUCCUGCAUCUGACCUUGAGCAUGCUUCACACCAAGCCCUGUUAGAUCGCAUAUCAGAGCUGGAGCGCCUUCAAGAACAAUCAAAGAGGAAACUAGCAGCUUCCAAGAGGAGAUACCUUAAAAGUGAAAAAGAAAAGGAACAGCUGAAGUCAAAAAUUAAACAUCUUUCAGUGAUGACCAAAUGAGGUAGCAGCUUUCAACCCAAGGGAUGCAGUGGGAGGCCAACACGCUUGUCAAGUCGCUCAAGCUUCAUCUGUCUUGCGGGUCCCAAGGGUACUGUCUGCUGCAAAGUUGCGGUUUUCCGUUUCCGACCGAGCGUAUACUCCAACGCCAUCUAGAGACCUUCACAAGUUUCGGCCUGGGCUUCUUCAAGACAUACUCGAACCUCUCAGGAUGAAGGUGAACCGCAGGAAACCUGAUGAACACCACGCCAGAUUAAUGAUCGACGAAAUGCAACUUACACCAGGGCUUGUUUACGAUCAUUCAUGUCGGUGUAUUGUCGGCUCCCCUACAUUGCCUUUAUGUGAUGGUUCUCUGCCGGAAGAUACCUUAGCUAUUCACGGCUUAGUGUUCCUGUUGGGUGGACUGUCCACGAGAUGGAAACAAACUAUUGUUAAUCUUUUAACAGGCAGUUCAUUCAGUGCUCUAGCUUUGAAGGAGGAAAUCAUUAAAAUCAUAAUGGCAUGCAAGUCAAUUGGGUUUAAAAUCCAUGUGGUAACUUCAGACAUGGAGGGUCGGAACCUGGCACUCUGGAACCUUUUCGGUAUUCAUGCGGGAAGAGAUAGCAGGCCACACACAAGCUGUGUUCACCCCUGUGAGUCUGGAAGAAAACUGUGGUUUUUGCUGAUGGCCACUCUUGCUCAAAAAUUUGAGGAAUCACUUGACUAAAGGUCAGCUAAUUUACCUUCUGGAUGAUGUAGUUCAGAAAAAUGACCAGGAAAAUGAACAAAGUUGAGAAUGCGUGCAAGAAACCCCACUCCACGCCUCUACGAAUUCAAGUGCAGCCUUAGGAGUGCAAGGUUAGCGCAAUUUCUAAAGCCGAGUAGGCAUAGUAGUUACUCAGACGAUGAAGGUUUCUUGCUCAUAGGCUUGAAUGCAGAGAAGCAACAGAGUGAAGAGGGGAGCGGUAACAUUCUAGACUUGAGCAAGGAAAGAGAGGAGUCUUCAGUUUACCUAGCAGGGUACGUUAUAUCGAAAAUAACAAAGAGACUUAAUUGUGAACACUGCAGUGCUUCCCUGGCUUCUAGUGAUGCAAGUUGCAGGCUAAUUCAGAUGAAGAACUAUUCUAUGUCGCACCUGUCGCUCGCCAGCCCUUCUGCGGGUGUCGUUGAAGUCAUAAAAGUCGCAGAAAACUUUUUCCGUGCAAACAGAGAGGAGCUGCUAUCAAACCAUGUUAGCCCGUCUGCAGUUGACCAUACUUCAGAGUAUUUCCGUGCAAAAAUUUUUUUUGCUUCUUCUCAUAACAUAUUGCCAGAAGUCGUUAGUAUGUUCUUGAGAGUACGAAUGCAGAUUUCAGUUCCAACGGAGGCUUCUCAGAUAGCACAUAACGCUGCACACAGCAAGUACGGAAGCAAGAGUAUUGGGAUGCGUGCCGCGGUAUCCAGAAUAUGGUAGAAUAUUCUAAUCCUUCCUAUUGAUGCUGAUGCGUAUGGUUGUAAGGCAGCGCAUGUCCCCAGCCAGGGUUCCACAAGUUUCUUCUACAACCGCGUUUUACCUAAGACCUUCAAUUUCCCUAUGCCUUCGUUUAUUUUCCCGUAUGUUUCUCGUGUGAAACUUCAGGAGGCACCUCAAAUAAAAAUUGCACCUGAACAGUUGUGAGUUGUCGUUUUAUUGCAGUUGUGUUAUCGAUGUUCCAGACUGAUACUUCACAUUUGAAAUUUGUUUUGGCAGCGCUGAAUAUUUUAUACCAGUACCUUAACAAACAGGCAAAAUGUCAAAACCCUACAGCUCUCUCUCGGCCGGUGCUGUUAAAUCGCAUAUCCCUACUACUAUCGCCUACUAGCAGUUUUAUGGACGAAUUGCAAGAGAAACGGCACCUGGGUGAAUCAGUAAGACAAAAGUUUGGAAGAAUAAACCAAAUAAAUCGGCAAAGGAGGACCAGAACAUAGCUAAACAGGCCUUUAAACAUUUUCUAACAUAGCUAUAUAUGCAUCUGUUUAGACCGAUGACCAUACGCAGUUGACCGUCGCGACACCACAACACUAGCGCUCUUCUGAUAUCUAGCGUCAUGCGAAGAGGGAGUCUGAGAAAUGCCUUUUCACGCGAGCCUUGACUUGCUGCAGGUGAUCUGCAAACGCUGUAAAAAAACGCAAUUGACUCCAAUUGGGAAAUUUCCAAUUUGUACCAAUUGGAAAAUUUCCAAUCGUAAAUUAGUAUAUAACUGGACCAAUUGAACCAACUGGAACGUGACCAAAUGGUUUUUGUUGGAGUGACCAAUUGUACCCAAUGGGUGCCAAUUGGUUUGAAACCAAUUGGUUGGAAUGACCAAUUGCACCAAUGGGCAAUACCAAUACACACAUAUACCCCACAAAGCAAACCUAAAUAAUUUUCCAGCUGUCAGAAACAGGUUUGCCAUAGCCUUAGUACUGCAUGCAUAGCUAUAACUCAUUCCAGUUUCCUUGAAUGGGUUCAUAAACUGAAAGUAUGAUUUUGCAGUUGGGUUUUUUCUA